AUGGCCAAGCGCCGCCGCCCAAAGAAGCGCGAGUCGCCGCCCGAACCGGCCGCCGCCGACACCCCGCUCCGGGCGGGGGAAGAGGACGGCCGUUCCGGGUUCCGCCUGAGCCGGCAGCGCAGGACGACGAGGCAGGAGCGGCGCGGUGAGAGAGAGGCAGAUGAAGGGGAGGCGACGUCGCUUCCAGGGCCGUGCGCGGCCCACGACGCCGGGGCCCCGGAGGACGAGGACGAUGAGGAGCAGGCGCUGGCGGCAGCUCCUCACGCUCACACGGCCACUGCUUCCCCGCCUCCCGGCUCCGCCCGCCGCGCCGCCGCUGUCGCACGGCAUGCUGGGAGCGAGGGGCGUGGUCGGCGCCCGCCGGGCCUGGGGAGAGAGGCGGGUCCUGUCGGCGGCGGGGCGGGGCCGAGAGAGGCGGGGCCGAUAGCAGGCCGCCCCGCCCCCCACGUCCCCUGGCUCGUGGACGGCGCCGAAGUCUGGGCACCGCGAUGACGAAUCCUAGGACAGGGGAUCUCCACUACCGCGGCCACACACUUUUCUCCCAAACGCUCCUGGGAAAACACCGGACCCCCCGAGGGCCGGGCAGUCAGGUGUAAACAGCGUCCAAUCCAGGACCUGCAGUGUGGAGGGGCUGGUACCCUGGGGUGCGCGCGCACACAGGCGUGCCCUUGGAUUCACGUGCGCCAGUCUUCCCACUGUCUACGGGGCGGGGUGGAAAGUGAAAAUAGUAAGAUCGAGAGGAGGUUGAUAUCCACCUUCCCAACCUCCACCUGAAAUGUGCCCAUCGAGUCCUGGCACCUUUUACCAUUUCUUCACAAUGAAAAAAACUAAAUAAUGGAAGGGAAGGGAGUAUCCAAGACCACCAAGCCCUGUCCUCUGCAAUGUGAAAUGUGCUUUGAAGUCCUCUCACCCUAAGGCUUGCCCGUCUUCUGCUGGUGAAAGAAGCUGGGGGCCGGGCGCGGUGGCUUAAGCCUGUACCCAGCACUUUGGGAGGCCGAGGUGGGCGGAUCAUCUGAGGUGAGGAGUUCCAACCAGCCUGGCCAACAUGGGGAAACCCGGCCUCUACUAAAAA